AUGAGUGAAGAAUUCAGUCGUCUAAACGAUGCGACCAACAUUACAAAUGCAGAAGACGGACACAGCCUAAGAAAGAACACCAAAUAUAGCGUAUUAGGCGGUGAAAAAAAGCAGGUAGGCGAGGAUGAAGAGAGCCAUGAAGUUACAUCUACCAAAAAGGAGUACUUGAGGGGUCAGACCGCUCUCUUAAGAGCACUUUGCAAAAUCUCCGAGUUGGUGGAUGGCCACAGAACGUGCUCUAUCCCGAACUGUUCCUAUAAGACAAACCCGGGUCUCAAUACUGCGAGGAUCAUUCUGCGAGGGCCUGAAAAGGAUAGCGCCUCUCGUUGUGCUGCCUGCGUCAAUUGUGGAACCUUUCAGUCCUUGGUGGGGGGUUCCCGAGUUGUCCUCCGAAAAUCUGUUUAUGGGAUUCUAUGGGGAUCCUGCGCCAACUGCCUUUGGGCGAGGAAGUCCUCCACCUGCCCCCACGCGCAAGACUUCAAGGCCCGCCAAGGAGAAUCGUGGGACUGUGAGUUGUCGAAUGAAGCCGUUCGCGCUGGGGGGGGCCGCCUGGCGGCGGAGCAGCGGGGCCUUGGCCCAUCCAUCUUGUCUUCGCCCAACGAUUCGGAUGAGCCCAUAGCGACUGCCAUUCGUCCUGCGUACGGGGGACCGGUCCUGGCGUGGCCGUUCGACAUAUAUCGUUCUGAUGAGCCGGAGAGUAUGGUCUCUGCCAAUGACGACCUCGAACACUUUUUGGGCGUAGCGAAGCAAUUAUUGAUCUUGUAUCGACCUACAAGUUCCAAAAAAUCAAUAUUCCCAAAUAAGAAUUGA